UCCUGUGGUUACAGCAACUACAGCUUUAGGUCUCACUUCUGCUUUAGUUGAUGCUUUUUCCCAGCACGAAAGCUUUCACAGCAACAGCAAAAGAAAGGUGCUCCAUCUUGCUUGGUGCCCAAUCUCCUAACCAGGAACAACCUCUGCCUCAAAGAACCCUCUUCAUUUGCACCAAGAAAACCUAGCAGACUAAAAUGGGACACAUGCUAUCAAAGAAGUUCAUAAAGACUCAGAAUGUGCUUCUACUGGGACUGGACUCUUCUGGUAAGACCACUUUUCUCUACAGGCUCUACCAAGGGGUCGUAAUGGACACUUUGCCCACAGUUGGCUUUAAUGUGGUGACUAUUGAGAUGGACAAGAAGACUACGCUCACUGUUUGGGAUAUAGGUGGGCAGGACAAAAUGCAACCCAACUGGAAGUACCACCUGGAGGGCUGUGAAGCUCUGGUGUUUGUGGUGGACGCCACUGACCGUGCUAGGAUGGACGAUGCCGGAAAGGCUCUCAAGAAGGUCUUGAAAGAUCCACACAUGACAGACGUCCCUUUGUUGGUUCUGGCAAACAAAUCAGACCGGCCUGACGCCAUGACGGUCAAUGAAGUGUCCAAAGAACUGGAUAUGGAGAGCUACAAAGACAGGAUUUGGGAGAUCCAAGCUUGUAGUGCUCUGAAAGGACUGGGAGUCCAGCAGGCUUUUCGCUCUGUGACCAAACUUCUUCAGAAAAACUAGGAGAGAGGGAUGAGGUCGGACUCUAGCCGUGAACGGUCUGAAACUGUUGUAUUGACACUUGUUUUGUUUAUCAAUGUAACAUUAUUACCAAUGCUGUUCUUUUAACCUGGAGGGCUGUGAAGCUCUGGUGUGUGUGGUGGACGCCACUGAUCGUGCUACGAUGGACAAGGCCGGCAAGGCUCUGAAGAAGGUCUUGAAAAAUCAACAAAGGCCAACAGUCCCUUUGUUGGUUCUGGAUAACAAAUCGGACCUGUCUGAUGCCAUGGCGGUCAAAAAAGUGUCCAGGGAGCUGUAUUGGAGAGCUACAAAGACAGGACUUGGAAGAUCCAAGCAUGUAGUGCUCUGAACAGACUGGGAGUCCAGCAGGCUUUUCGCUCUGUGACCAAACUUCUUCAAAAGAAGUAAGAGAGAGGAACGAAAUCAGACUCUAGUCAAGAACAGUUUUAAACUGUUGUAUUGUCAAUUAUAUUGUUUAUUAAUGUAAUAUUAUUAUCACUGUUGUUCUUUAGUAUUAAUAUAGCACUUACUGUAUCUAUAUUUAUAGUGUGGCUCUAGAGGUGGACAAUAUAUUAAUGUUUUAUUGGAUAUCAUCAGUACUUAAAGAAAACUGACCCUGUACCAACUGUACAUUUCAUUACAGAGAGUGUAAAAAUUCUGUUUAAUUGGAUGAUGUGCAGAAAAACAAUAAAAACACUGUUUUAUGUAUGAAAGAGAAUUGGAAUAGCAGAACCUGAAACUGUGAUAUAAUACAAUGUUUUUACCAUAUCACCCAGCUCUAUCAGUGCAUGAUUACUUAUGCCAACCUGUGGGGGCUUUUAUACUGCUACUAUCAAUAUCGAAAUUGUAUAGUAUUGAGAUUAAGAAAUAUAUCACAAUAGAUUUUUGCCAAAUCAUCCAGCCAUAUGUUGAUCCUUCUGACCUUGACUAAAUAUAUAGAAAUUAACUUAAGUAAUACUUUUUUCUACAGUAUGGUGUAGUGACUGAUUAACAUGUGACCUUCAAAACUUUGAUUUGCUUAUUUAUUUAAUGACACUAGAACAAUGCACUGAAAGUUAGAACUAAAACAUUGCACUAAAAGCCAAAUAACACUGAUAGAUGAAUGUGUGAUUUAAAUUAAAUAUAAAGUGAAUUGUCCUAUAACUGUAUAAAACUGUUGUACAGGUGAAAUAUAUCAUGUGUUAACAAGAGAAAAGAGAUUAAAUAACUGUCUAACUGUGAAA